AUGGCCACUGCAAUGCGCGCAUGGCAAUUCAAAGCCUCCUCUGGGCCCAUGGGGAAGAAUCUCCACAUCCCUUUAUCAGGCGUCCCUAUACCCUCCAUCAAGGACAACGAGGUACUCGUUGAAAACUACGCUACAGGCCUCAAUGCGAUAGACUACAAGGUCCUUGAACUCGGCCUCAUCACACGGCUGGUCUUUCCCUCAGUAACUCCCGGUCUUGAAAUAUGUGGUCGUGUCACCAAAGUAGGAGGUAAAGUGACCAAGUUCAAGGAAGGCGACGUCGUAUUUGGAGCUCUUGGUCCUGGUAUCAAAUAUGGAGCUCUGGCAGAAUAUGUACCAGUGCCGGAAAACUUUCUCGCGCAUAUGCCAAACGGGCUGAACAAAGACGAUGUGGUUUCCAUUGCUCUCGUGGGCAUGACUGUCUAUGCUGGCUUGGUGCCAUACGCAAAACCCGGCAACAAGGUCUUUAUCAAUGGCGGCUCUGGAGGCACUGGUGUAGCUGCGAUCCAGAUUGCCAAGAUCCUCGGAUACGAUGUCACUGCUUCCUGCUCGACGACGAAUAUCGAACUGGUCAAGAGCUUGGGCGCAGACACAGUCUUGGACUACACAUCCGCACCGAUUGUUGAUCAGCUGAAGAACAGAGGCGAAGGUUUCGAUCUCGUGCUCGACAACGUCGGUGCUCCAGCCAAUCUCUACCGAGUGUCAAAAGCCUUUCUGCGGCCUCAAGGAAAGUUCAUCCAAGUCGGUGCAGGGCUCAAUGUCCGCGGCGUCUUUCAGCUGCUCACAAACAACAUCGCUAGCCUGCUUAGCUGGGGAAAACGAAAGUUUGUCUUUGUCGAUGCAAAGCCCGACACGGCGGUUUUCGAGCAACUUGCAGCUUGGAUGGUCGAAGGAAAGCUACGCGCCGUAAUUGACUCGACAUGGGAGUUUGGCGAUGUACCAAAGGCGUAUGAGAAGCUGAAGACGGGACGGGCGAAGGGAAAGGUUGUCGUGCAUAUCAAGCAGGACUGAGGAUUCUGGAUGGACAAAGAUGCAUGUUUGCUUUUCAUCGAGUCGGUAUUUGUAAUAACUUGUGGCAUACUCACUGGUUGCCAAGCCGUUGAUUGCAGCUUUAGCUGCAGGUUAUGGUCAGGUUAGGUGUCGCGUGUUCCCUACAGCAUGUAAUUCAUUAGAAGAACGUAAUAGUAAUUAACUUAAUUAAGCUCU